UUGUUAUGUCAGCAAAGAGCUUGUCAAAUGACAAAGUCCUUGGUAACAGAUUGAAGGCACACAGAUACCAUCAUAUAAAGCUUGCCUUUCCUCCCCAGCAAUCUCAGCUACAUAUUUCCUUCAGUUAACAUGCUGUUGAAAUAUUUUACAGGGAUUCUGCUAAGCUGGAAGAGAUGCCAAGUUUGGAUGCCAAGUCAGUUCCUCCAGUAAGCCAUGAGUCAAAGAUAUAGGGGAGGAGAGUAAAAAGGCUGACGGAUUGUCACAGCUGCACCUACAGAAGACAGAGCAAAUCUUUGGUGCUUGUUAGCCACGGAACCAAAAUGGACUUUUGGAAGAUUCUAUUGCUGCUGGUGCAUUGCAGGAAUGUAAUUGGCACUUCAGAUUCCUUCUGGCAUAUCUCAGACCUGCAUCUUGACCCAGAGUACCAAAAGUCCACAGAUCCAUUGAAGGUGUGUCCAUCGGCUGGUACUCAGCCAGUGAUCAAUGCAGGAACCUGGGGUGAUUACUUAUGUGACUCUCCUUGGAUUCUUAUCAACUCUUCUAUUUAUGCCAUGAAGAAGAUUCUUCCUGAUCCAGACUUCAUUCUUUGGACUGGAGAUGAUACACCUCAUGUGCCUGAUGAAAAGCUGGGAGAGAAAAUCGUGUUGGAAAUAAUAGAAAAGCUAACUAACCUGAUCAGAGAUGUCUUCCCAGAUACUCAGGUCUAUUCAGCAAUGGGCAACCAUGACUUCCACCCCAAAAAUCAGUUUCCAGCUGUGGAGAACAAAAUCUACAAUGUAACAGCAGGCCUAUGGCAUGCCUGGCUUGAUAAGGCCUCCAUACAGACAUUCAGAACAGGUGCUUUCUACACUCAAUUGCUGCCUGGUGUUGGACCAAAGAGGCGAAUAAUUGUCCUCAACACCAAUCUGUACUAUGACAGGAAUAAUCGGUCCAUGAGUCUGGAAGAUCCAGGAAACCAAUUCCGGUGGCUGGAAACUCUGUUGGCCAAGGCAUCCGAAACAGGAGAAAAGGUCUAUAUUAUUGGGCAUGUUCCUCCUGGCAUCUUUGAAAAGAAACGAGGCAAACCCUGGUUCCGAAAAGACUUCAACCAAAGAUAUACAGAAAUCAUUCAGAAGCAUCAUGCUGUAAUUGCAGCACAAUUUUUUGGGCAUCACCAUACGGAUAGUUUUAGAAUGUUCUAUGAUAGCAAAGAUUCCCCGAUCAGUGUCAUGUUUUUAGCUCCAGCAAUUACACCUUGGAAGACAAGCUUGCCAGGUGUGCAGAAUGGAGCCAACAACCCUGGCAUUCGUGUUUUUAAAUACGACCGUAACACUCUGCUCGUGAAGGAUAUCGUAACUUACUAUUUAAACCUCACCCAUGCUAACAUGGGUACCCCUGAGUGGAAGAAAGAAUACAGCCUGACAGAGGCAUACGAGAUCCCGGAUGGUUCUGUUCAUUCCAUGCAUCUGGUCCUGGAGAAGCUUAUGAGAGACAAAGGCCAGCUCCAGAAGUACUACCGGUAUAAUUCUGUGCAGUACGAUACAACGUUCUGCAAUGACAGCUGCCAGACAGAUCACAUCUGCGCUAUCAGAGAAGUUGACUUUGAAAAAUACAAUCAGUGUGUUAUAGCCAGAAGUGCUGCAGCUACAACCCCAAUUCUGGACAUUUUCUUACUUUGCCCCACCAUGGGUCUCAUUACUUUCGGCCUCUUGGACAUCUUGAGCAAGCUAGGCAACCAAUAGCACCACGUGGAUUCCACAGGAGCAAAAGAAGAAGCACAAAAUGUAGUGACAGUCACAAGUCACAGCCUCCU